ACGAGGUCAUAACGAAUAUUACUUCAAAUCCAGCCUGCUUUUUUUGUUUUUUUUUAGCCUGUUCGACACCCCAUAUCCGAGAAAACAAAAGCACAUGUAAUCAAUAAAAAUAAAAAAGAUCUAUCCGAACACAGCAGCCUGUCUGAACAUGCGGCAGCUCGGAGUGUCUCGGAUUGUUGGAGAUGAUGGAGGUUUUGUGGGAGGCGCCACAUCGACGCUUAAAGGUUUGUUUGCUGAAGCGCAGUUCAGUCGCGAUGGGGUACUCUGAAAAUUGUGCUGAUCUUGCCCGCUGGAACAAACAUACUUCCACUUGUGUGCCCUGUGCAUUCAAGCCAGGGCAUGAAGUUUCUCCUAACUGUGGCUAUGAUGACGACGGAGGGCGAAACGAGCUCCCCCACAGAAAGUGCAAAGCCAAUACCUUUAAUGAUGGCAGCAGGGCUUAUUGUCAGCCCUGCACAGUCUGUCUGUCGGGCCAGGACAGGGUGAGCGAGUGCACCCCGACUACCGACACCCAGUGCCGAGACCCAAGGGAUCGGACGACGGAAGCAGCAGGCACGUUCUCUUCUCAGGGACCAACGACCGCUCCAUACGUUACGGCCGCUUUCACCAAGGCAUCAACGACUCAGACCAACCAAGCAUCCAGCUUGACAACAAACGCAGCGACUGUGGGAACUCUACCAUCAGUCGCCUACCACCUACAUCGUGGAAGUUCAGUGCUAUGGGGACUACCACUGGCUAUCCUAAUUUCCAUCUUGCUUGUUGGGUUAUUUGCUUGCGUGAUAUACAUCAAACGGAAAAGAGGGCAGGGCACAGUGUUGAGUUAUAACAGAAGAUCAUCAUACAUCAAGGCAGGGUUCUCCUCUCUUUCUGCUCCACCUGAUAACAAUGACCUGGAGGACAUCCUGAGUCCUAGCAUCCUGUCAGCACCUUUACAGACUGUGCUGGACAACCUGGAUGUUCUGGAAGAGCUGGUCAUCUUGUUGGAUCCAGAAAGCCACGGAGUAAAGAACACCAAACAUCUGGCGUCUCAUUGCUCCUUCUCCUCCUCUUGGAUUACUUACACCUACUCUAUGAGGGACAGUAAGAGCCCCUUAAAAGCCGUGUUGGAGGGGGUCACCAGCAAGCACCCUGAAUGGGUCGUAGGCCACCUGGCCAAGCUGCUGAGAAAAAUGGAACGCAACGAUGCUAUUGCUGUUCUCACCAAACUCGAACUGAACAAGAUGGAUGUGUAGCCAAAAGCCUAUUGCUAUUUGGUCUGGAAUGGAAAUAGCCUCCCCUCCUCUGAUCUUUCCUGUAACAUUCAACAAUACUGUACUGUUCCAGGGACCCACAAAGAAACUCCAGGGAAGGGGGAAGGUUGAAGGAAAUGUAGGGAGAAUGGGUUGACACAAAAGACUAUUCAGCUUGUGAAAGAGAGCUAGUCAUAUGUGGCUCUGAAAUCGCUCCCUUAUUACAGGUACUUAAUAGCUUAGCUUAUAAAGAGCAGUAAAUGAAUAUUUUGGACACAAAGUUAUCUGUAAAAUGUGGCACAUUGCAUGGUGGCAUUGUUAGGAUAAAGAAGUGUACAUGCUGUGGACUUUUUUUGUUCCAGUCUAGGAGUUUGGACAUGAGGUUAACACAAAGGAAAGUCAAAUGCCUGUGGUCCACACUGUAGGGAAUUUGUGAGAGCACAUCUAAAACAACUGAUAUUCACCAAUACUCUACACGUUACUGUCUUUUUAAAUAUUAGAUAGUGGCAAUAAUCUAUUUUAAACUCAACACAGGAAGAAAGUGGGCGAAAAACAGCAGACCUAACUUAGCAUUUCACACUUACGUAUAAUAUAUAGUGAACUGUAUAGUCAAUAGGGAGUGAUUUCAGACAUAGGCAAUUAUCAGAUAGGAGGGGUCUUAUGAAAGAUACUCUCAAGCUGCAUUACGGAAGCGUAGGAGGAUCCUUGUCUGUUGAUUUACAAGCCUUUUCGAGCCUUCAGGUGCCUGCAUUUGUAUACACAUGAUCAUACUUUCGUCACUUUUUUUUUUAAAUAAUCUUCCAUAAAUCAUGUUAACCACUCAUUUUACAUUAAUGAACAUAACAGAAUCCAACUAAUUAUUGAACAAAUGUUAAUUUUGUCAUCAUGUAACAUUCCAGUUAAUGAUUUUUGCU